CCAAACAUGGGUUUAUAAAAACUCUUACAGUACCAUAUCUCCAUUUACCUCUGAACAAGCAUGUGCUAAACUUUAUUUAUUUAUUUAUUUAUGUGAAUAGACAUGGAAGACAUUGUAAAUGGUUACCUAGACAAGGUCAUAGAUUGGAUACCUGGGAUGGAAAACAUGCGUUUAAAGGACUUCCCAAGUUUCAUUAGGACAACAGAUUCUGAGGAUAUCAUGCUCGCCAUUGCAAAACAUGAACUAGAGAGAAUCUCCAUGGCUUCAGCCAUCAUCCUCAACACUUUUGAUGACUUUGAACACCAAGUCCUACAAGCUAUGUCCUCCAUUAUUCUCCCUUCAAUCUACACCAUUGGUCCCCUGACUUUGCUCGCCGCCCGGACGGCGGGGAGCUCUCUGGCAGACAUAAGAUUAAAUCUAUGGAAAGAAGACCCCGGUUGUUUGGAAUGGUUGGAUGGGAAGGAGCCAAGAUCAGUUGUUUAUGUGAACUUUGGAAGCCUGACAGUGAUGACCAAUGAACAGUUGAUUGAAUUUGCAUGGGGACUUGCUAAUAGUGAACACAAGUUCUUGUGGAUCAUUAGACCGGACCUGGUGAGAGGUGACACUGCUGUUGUCCCACAAGAGUUCAUGAUGGAGACACAAGAGAGAGGUUUGCUAGCAAGUUGGUGCUCACAAGAGCAAGUGCUAAAGCAUCCAUCCAUCGGAGGGUUCUUGACUCACUGUGGAUGGAACUCAAUUUUAGAGAGUGUCUGUGGUGGUGUGCCUGUCAUAUGUUGGCCAUUCUUUGCUGAACAACUAACCAAUUGCAGGUAUUUGUGCACUGAUCAAUGGGGAAUGGGAAUGGAGAUUGAUAACAAUGUGAAGAGGGAGGAGGUGGAGAAAUUGAUAAAAGAGCUGAUGAAUGGAGAGAAAGGAAUGGAGAUGAGGAACAGGGCACUGGAGUGGAAAGAGCUUGCUGUUAGAGCAACAGAACCAGGUGGUUCAUCCUCUGUGAAUUUUGAUAGAUUGGUUACUGAAGUGCUGCACCCAAAUAAUUAUAAUAAUUAAUUUGUAAUAAUAUUUGUUUGAAUGCAAUAAAACAUAUGUACCUUUUCAA